GGAUGUACUCGACACACCUCCGACUACUGGUCGCGACGGUGCUGCUGGCCGCUCUCGCGUCGGCCCACGUCGCGUCCAGCAUCCGCAACGGCGCGGUCAAGGCGCGGGGCGUCAACCUCGGCGCGUGGCUCGUCACCGAGUACUUUAUGAUGCCCAACAGCCCCAUUUUCCAAAACGUUUCGGCCGAGAAGCGCGAGCUUGGCGAGCAUGUGACCGUGACCGCGCUCACUCGACCCGUCGCCGACCCGCUCUUCAAGGCCCACCGAGAUACGUGGAUCACCGAGGCCGACAUCCAGGAGAUUGCGUCCUACGGUCUCAACACAGUGCGCGUGCCGGUCGGGUGGUGGAUUUACGAAGAUCCGGAGGACCCAGCGUGGCAGAGCUUUUCGCCUGGCGGUCUGGCGUACCUCGACAACCUCAUCAACAACUGGGCUGCGAAAGCCAACGUCGCCGUGCUCGUUGGCAUGCACGCCGCCAAAGGCUCGCAGAACGGCGAGGGCCACAGCGCUCCGCCAAUAAGCGGCGAGUCCCACUUCACCGAUGACGCCGAGAACGUCUAUGCCACCAUGCAGUCGGCUCUCUUCCUCAUGAACCGGUACAAGGCCAGUCCGGCGUUCAUCGGUCUCGAAAUGCUCAACGAACCCACCGUUUACUCGGACCGCGUCUACAACAUCGACCGAAGCAAGGUCAAGCUCUACUACAAGCACCUCUACACCAAGCUCCGGGCCAUUUGUGCCGACUGCGUCAUCAUGCUCUCGCCGUACUUGAGCGAGCAGUACGAGUCGUUCGGGAACGAGUGGGCCAACAUACUGCCGGCAGCGAGCAACAACUGGAUCGACUGGCACAAGUACCUCAUUUGGGGCUAUGAGAACUGGAACGUCAACGACAUUAUCAACGUCGGGACGCAGUGGAUCACGAACGACAUUACGCUCUGGCAGAGCAAGCGGCCGACGCCCGUCUUUGUCGGCGAGUGGAGCCUUGCCGCCGCGGAGGGCAUUCUCGUCGACCUCUCCAACGCGACGACGAUGACGAGAUACGCCAACCGCGCGCUCCAGGCCAUGAGCAACGCCAAGGCCGGCUGGACGUACUGGAGCUGGAAGAUCGACUCGUCAGACUGGAGGACGUUUGGCUGGAACAUGCAGUCGCUUUUGAGGAAGGGUAUCAUCAAGUUGAACGGUUUUGUGUAAUGCUAGACAAAUUUCAACUUUAGUAUUUCUGCG